UAACGUAUACGUGUAUUGUGUAUACAAGCCUAUUGUUAUACUUCUCUCUAUUCUGAGCUAUCUCUACAUGUAAUUAUAUAACAAUUAACUUCGUUUUUCUAGAGAAGCACGAAGCAAGAUGAAGAGAUGGCAGGGACGUGUUGCUGUAGUGACCGGAGCCAGUGCCGGUAUAGGAGCUGCCAUAGUGGAGGACUUGGUGGAGAGUGGCAUGGUAGUGGUGGGUCUGGCCAGAAGGGAAGACCGAUUACUGGAAGUGAAAAAUCAACUUAAGAAUAAGGGUACUUUACAUGCUGUAAAGGUUGAUAUUUCAAAAGAAGAAGAUUUGAAAAAAGCGUUUAAAUGGAUCAAAGACAAUGUGGGAGGAGUGGAUGUAUUAAUAAAUAAUGCAGGUGUCUUGGUAAAUACAUUUACACCCGACGGUAAUAUUGAAGACUGGCGUAAGAUGUAUGACGUAAACGUGUUUGCUCUCGGGGCUUGUUCCCGGGAGGCCAUCAACUCAAUGAAGGAACGAAAAGUUGAUGAUGGCCAUAUUAUUAACAUUAACAGUGUCGCCUCCCAUCGACUUCCCGUAGCUCCUGGUUCUAUUCCCUACUCAUCAAGCAAAUUCGCGUCCAAGGCCAUCACAGAAGGACUUAGAAGAGAGCUCGCUGGACAAAAGUCAAAAAUAAAAGUAUCAAGCGUUAGUCCAGGACUCGUCUCAACAGAGCUGUUUAGUGCUAACUCUACUUCUAGUAAACCCAUGGACAUCUCCCACUUGCCCCACAUUCUGCCCAAGGAUAUUGCUGAUGCUGUGCAUUAUGUUCUGGCAACACCGCCCAACGUCCAGGUUAACGAAUUGAUCGUCCGUCCAGUUGGAGAUAUAAUAUAGUCACUCAAGAAUAAAGCAUUCUGCAGUAACAGUUCUUGUACGUCAACGCAGAACACGCACUUGGUGUUCCGAGAUUUUAAAAUUAAACCCACAGUCUCAAAGCAGGAUUUUGUCUUCCAAAAGACCAUUUUUGCUCGUUAAUAAAACAAAAAACUUUAUUCGUUCA